AUGAGGUGGCAUAAAGAUAAUCCUCGAGUUCAUGGCCUUAUGUCUCAUCCAAGUGAUGGAGAGGCGUGGAAACACCUAGAUGAAGAGUACCCUUCUUUUGCUGCCGAGCCUAGAAAUGUCCGACUAGGUCUUUGUACCGACGGAUUUUCACCAUUUGGAAAGACAGGAAGACAAUAUUCUUGUUGGCCCGUCAUUUUAACUCCUUAUAAUCUUCCACCUGAAUUGUACAUGAAGAAACCUUUUAUGUUUCUAAGUCUAAUAAUUCCAGGUCCGAAGAAUCCUAAAGGGAAUCUCGAUGUGUACUUGCAACCUCUUAUCGAAGAGUUAAAGCAAUUAUGGGAGGUUGGGUUACCAACUUACGACAUCUCUCAAAAACAAAAUUUUCAAUUGAAGGCUGCAUUGCUUUGGACUAUCAGUGAUUUUCCGGCUUAUGGCAUGCUUUUAGGAUGGACCACGGCGGGUAGAUUAGCUUGCCCAUAUUGUAUGGAAAACACUAAGGCUUUCACUCUUAAAAAUGGUGGGAAACAAAACAGAGUUGAGAAUGUUUCCCCACCACCACGAAUGAGUGGUGAGGACAUUUGGAAUCGAGUAUCUUUAUUUCCAAAAACUGUUGAGAAAAUAAGGGGUGAUGGUAACGAGCCAGAAGGAUAUGGAGAGUUCCACCAUUGGACAAAGCAAAGUGUCUUUUGGGAGCUUCCAUAUUGGAGCAAACUCUUGAUACGCCACAAUCUUGAUGUCAUGCACAUUGAAAAAAAAGUAUUUGAUAAUGUGUUUCACACUGUAAUGGAUGUUAAGGGUAAAACUAAAGACAAUGUGAAAGCAAGAAGAGACUUGGGGGAGUAUUGUAAACGACGAAAAUUAGAGGCGCAAGAUGUUGUUAAUAGUAAAGGGGAAAAACGGACUUUAAAACCGAAUGCUCCUUUUGUGUUUCCUAAAGAGAAAAGGAAACUUAUUUAUGAAUGGGUGAAGAAAUUAAAGUUUCCUGAUGGAUAUGCUUCUAAUUUAGGUAGACGUGUUGAUUUAAAGGAGUGUAAGCUAUUCGAGGAGGUUGACUCUAAGGUGAAGGAUUUAGGAUUGGGUGCACAUGCUGAAAGUGAAUUGAACAAUAAUCCUGACUUACCUGAGAUGUUUUCUUCAACUUAUGGACAUAGUUCGUCAGAAGGUCAACUAGGUUACCUUGUUGAAAAAGAUUACAAAGUUGCUCACCGAUAUGUUCUAAGUAAUUGUGAAACUCUACAGCAAUAUGAAAGUUUGUUUGAAGAACAAAUGAUUAGAGGACAUAGAUGCCAAAGUUCAUAUGAAGUUUGGAUAAAAUAUGAAGACAAAUAUCCUGAUUGGUUCAAAGAUUAUGUAUUGGAAAAGGGCAUCAAAAAUGACAUUGUUUGCUCGUUAGCGUUUGGACCACUGACAAGAGUUCGAAAAUUUAAUCACUAUCACAUCAAUGGCUAUCAUUUUCAUACUUAUUCUCAUGGAAAAAAUAAGUCAACUAUGAAUUAUGGUAUAUGUGUGAAAAGUGUCCAAGGAAGUGAUUAUUAUGGAAUUCUACAAGAAAUAAUAGAGUUAACUUAUGUUGGAGCAAGAAAGCGUUAUACAACGGUGUUGUUUAAGUGUGAGUGGUUUGAUGUUGGACCUGGUAUUAGGAUACAUGAUAAGUAUAAUCUUGUUGAGGUGAACCAUUCAAAAAGAUAUCCAAAGUAUGAUCCGUUCGUACUGGCAUAUCAAGCCGAACAAGUAUAUUAUGCUCCUUGUCCUAGUAGUAGUAGUAAUGAAAGAAAUCAGUGGUGGUUUGUUUUCAACAUUAAGGCAAGAGGAGUUAUUGAUGCGCCCGUUGAGCCUAAUGCAUUCCAAGUCGUUUCAAUUGAAAAUCCUCCUUUGUUAUCUGAAUUUGAAGUAGGUGAGGAAGAAGCCCAAGAGCUGUCUUUAUAG